GUUUUGAAUGAUUUAGAAGCACGAGAAUGAAACGCUAUAUAGAAUUUAGUCUCAGUGCACAGAUUCGCGUCUCAGAGCGGUAAAUAUUCGAGCUCCUCUCGCCUGGUGUGCGCUAAAAGCUCGGUCCCGGUUUGCUGUGUUUCUGGAGGUUUGCAGAAGUUUUGGUUUGUGUUUCUUGUGAAGCUGAAGAUUACGUUGUAGGUGCAGAAAAGAGCGAAAAAGCAGGUUAUGAUGCAGAUUUUGAAGGACAUGGGAAUUACGGAGUAUGAACCGAGAGUCAUUAAUCAGAUGUUGGAGUUCACCUACAGAUACGUCACAACUAUAAUUGAAGAUGCCAAAAUCUAUGCCACUCACGCCAAGAAGACCAAUGUGGAUGCAGAUGACAUACGGUUAGCCAUCCAGUGUCGAAUGGACCAGUCCUUUACGUCUCCACCUCCACGAGAUUUUCUCCUGGAGGUUGCCAGGCAGAAGAAUCAAACCCCCCUGCCCUUGAUCAAGCCUUACGCCGGUCCUCGUCUUCCACCAGACCGCUACUGUCUGACUGCACCAAACUACAAGCUCAAGUCUCUGCAGAAGAAGGUGUCCUCGUCUGCUGGUAGAAUCACAGUGCCGCGCCUCAGCGUGGGGGCCGUCUCCAGUCGACCCAGCACGCCAACUCUCGCUACCCCCUCAGUGCAGACGAUGGGCUCUAAAGUGGGAACGCCGGUGUCAUUGACAGGACAACGCUUCACAGUUCAGAUCCCAACCUCUCAAGCUACAUCUACUAAGACAGCUACCCCAAACACUCCAGGCACGGUCCAGAACGUCCUCAUCAAUCCCUCUCUCAUCGGCUCCAAGAACAUCCUCAUCACAACCAACAUGGUGUCUCAGAACUCAUCCAGCGACUCGGGUUCGCUAAAAAGGAAGCACGAAGAUGACGACGAUUACGACGCCUCGUGACUGAAUAUAGAAUAACCAAACAUUUUGUCUGGUCCCUUGGUUCCAGAUCAGCUUGUAAAUAUAUACAAUAAUUUGCUUUCAGUUCUCGCAGCCUGGACGUUAAUUCGAUUAUCACGGUAACUUUAGCGUGUUGUUUGUAAGUAAAAGAAAAAAACAAUAAAUAAAUACGUUUUGUUACUUUUUUUCAGAA